GGAGACAGAGCAGAGAGGAAGAGGAGAGAGAAGGAGUGAAAUUAAAAAAGAGUGAAGAGACAGAAGACAAGUGCAGCUAAGACAGGACAGAUCUGAAGAGGAGAGGAUGCUGCUGCUGCUGCUGCAGCUGAGCAUCUCUGCCUGACUUCUGAGGAGUUUGGGCUCGGACAUGACGGAGAUGCAGCACCUGUGUGUCUGAGCAUCUUUCAGUUUGUGUGUUAAUGUGUGUGAAGUCAUGGCGAGCGCUCAGCCGGGGGUCCACGCUUUAAAACUCCAGCCUCCCUCCGUCUCUCAAACACUGAAGAACGGAAGCAACUUCAUUAAAUGGGACGAGGAUCUGUCCACCGUGACUCCGGUGACUCUACAUGUGGAUCCACAUGGAUUUUACCUCUACUGGACCGACCAGAACAAGGAGACAGAGGUGUUGGACCUGACGUUCGUAAAAGAUGUCAGAACGGGGAGAAGCACCAAAACACCCAAGGAGGCCAAGCUGCGGGAGCUGCUGGAUGUGGGAAACCUGGUUGGCCGUCUCGAGAACCGCAUGGUUACCGUGGUUACGGCAUCAGACCUUGUGAACGUGAACCAGCUUAACUUCAUCGCUUCACAGGAGGACGAAGCUAAGAUGUGGUGUGAGGAAGUAUUUUCUCUGGCUUCCAACCUGCUGAGCCACAAUCUGAACAGAGACCACAGUCUGUUGAAAGCGUACGUCAGGUUAACCCUCCAGCCGAACGCAGAGGGGAGAAUCCCCGUCAAGAACAUCGUUCGACUGUUUUCAUCAGACAGAAAGAGAGUGGAGAACGCCCUGGAGAGCUGCAAACUGCCCUACGGACGGGGUGACAGCAUCAAGCUGGAAGACUUUACACUUGAAAUGUACAGGAGCUUUUUGGACAGCCUGUGUCCUCGUCCUGAGCUUGGCAACAUCUUCAAACUGCAAGGAUGGGCUGACGGCACGCUGUCAGUCGAUCAGAUGACAGAGUUCGUCAACAACAAGCAGAGAGACCCGAGGCUGAACGAAAUCCUCUACCCGCCCCUCCGUCCUGCACAGACACACGCUCUGAUGGAGAGGUACCAGCAUGACAAGGAACAGCUGAAGCAAGGCAUCAUCUCUGUCCAGGCGUUCUCCAGUUAUUUGUCCAGUGAUGAGAACGGAGUCAUCCCUCCAGAGAAACUGGAUCAGUCCGAAGACAUGAGCUUCCCCCUGUCUCACUACAUCAUCAACUCAUCACACAAUACAUACCUGACAGCGGGCCAGCUGGCAGGAAGCUCCUCGGUGGAGAUGUACAGGCAGGUUCUCCUGGCCGGAUGCCGCUGUGUGGAAUUAGAUGUCUGGAAAGGACGAACUGCUGAGGAGGAACCCGUCAUCACACACGGGUUCACCAUGACAUCGGAAAUCCCUUUUAAGGAAGUGAUUGAAGCUAUUGCAGAGUGCGCGUUCAAGACGUCACCUUUCCCCGUCAUCCUGUCCUUCGAAAACCACGUGGACUCUUUGAAGCAGCAGGCUAAAAUGGCUGAAUAUUGUCGAUCUAUUUUCGGAGAGGCGCUGUUGAUUGACCCUCUGGACAAAUACCCUCUGGAGUCCGGCGUCCCCCUGCCCAGUCCUCAGGAGCUGAUGGGCAAAAUUCUCAUCAAGAACAAGAAAUCCCACAAACCCUCCAACAACACAGACACCAAAAGACUGACUGACCAACCUGCCAAUCAGAGCAACGAACCGGUGUCUCCUAGCAACAACACAGGAGAGAUCGAGGCUGAGAGUGAGGAAGAUGAUGAUGAUGAAGAUGAUGAUGGUAAAAAGGGCUCAGCGGAGCGGGAGGCCGUGGCUACAGAGGAAAUGUCAACUCUGGUAAACUACGUCCAGCCAACCAAGUUCAACUCCUUCGAAGCCUCAAAGAAGGCAGCCCGCUGUUACCACAUGUCGUCUUUUGUGGAGACCAAAGCUUUGGAGCACCUCACAAAGUCGCCAGUGGAGUUUGUGGAAUAUAAUAAAUCCCAGCUGAGUCGUAUCUAUCCGAAGGGAACCAGAGUUGACUCGUCCAACUUCAUGCCUCAGCUCUUCUGGAAUGCCGGCUGUCAGCUGGUCGCUCUCAACUACCAAACUAUAGAUUUGUCGAUGCAGCUGAAUCUCUUCAUGUUCGAGUACAACGGUCGCAGCGGCUACAGACUAAAGCCGGAGUUCAUGAGGCGGCCAGACAAACACUUUGACCCUUUCACAGAGAACACAGUAGACGGCAUCGUAGCCAACACCCUUUCUGUGAAGAUCAUUUCAGGCCAAUUUCUGACUGAAAAGCGGGUUGGUGUUUACGUGGAGGUGGACAUGUUUGGGCUUCCUGCGGACACCAGGAGGAAAGCGCUGAAGACCAAAACGUCCCAGAACAACAACUCCGUCAACCCGGUGUGGGACGAAGAGCCGAUUGUCUUCAAAAAGGUGAUCCUUCCGACUCUGGCCUCUAUUAGAAUCGCUGCUUUUGAGGAAGGAGGGAAGUUCAUUGGCCAUCGGAUUAUUCCAGUGUCUGCCAUCAGACCAGGUUACCGUUACAUCAGCUUGAGGAAUGAGAAGAACCAGUGUCUGAUUCUACCGGCUGUGUUUGUCUACAUCGAGGUCAAAGACUACGUCCCGGACACAUUUGCAGAUGUGAUCGAGGCUUUGUCCAACCCCAUUCGAUACGUCAACCUCCUGGAGCAGAGGUCCAAACAGCUGGCGGCUCUGACACUGGAGGACGUAGAGGAGGACACACAGGCCGAGGAAGAGGCAGACAGCUGUGCGGAGCGUAAGAACGAUCUGAAAUCAGCUCCGCUGGAGAACGGGCUCAGCCCCGCCUCUGGACCUACAGGCCACACCCCCAUCGCAACCACGCCCAAAGCCUCUGCAGCCAAUCAGCAGACUGCUACAACAGAAGCAAGCAAACCAGCAGCAAAGAGUGAAGAUCUGGUUUUAAGUGUUUUGAUAGAUGUUCAAGUGUGCGCCAUGGAAAAUCUGCAGCAGUCGAAGGUUUACCAGAAGGAGCAGAGGCGUCAGUUUAAAGAGCUGAAGGAGCUGGUGAGGAGGCACCAGAAGAAAACCUCAGAGCUCCUCCGAGAGUUCAACAACAAGUACAAGAAGACGGCCAGACAGUGCAGCAAGAGCAGGGGCUCAUGUUCAGACAGUGACAAGGACGAGCGCCUCCAGAAGCUGAGAGAAGAGCAGCAGCAGCAGCUUCUGGCUCUGAGGCAGGAACAGUACUACAGUCAGAAAUAUCUGCAGAGAGAACAUAUUAAAAUGCUGACAGAGCGACUGACCAGUCUGGCUGAGGAGAGUCACAACACCCAGAUGAAGAAACUCAAAGACAUCUGCGACAAGGAGAAGAAAGAGUUGAAGAGGCUGAUGGAUCGAAGGAGAACAGAGAAGAUCAACCAGGCGAAGACCAAAGAGAAACAUCUGGCUGAAGAGGAGAAGAUUGAGAUCAAUAAGUCCUACGUCAAUGAAGUCGUCCAGAACAUAAAACGGCUUGAGGAGACUCAGACAAAGCGCCACGAUCAGCUGGUGGAGCAGCACAACGAGCUGCUGCAGGAGAUACAAGACCAGAAACCAAAGCUGCAAGGGGCCGUGGAGGCCGAGUUUCAGGAGAAGUUCCAGUGUUUGCCCGGAGAGAUUGAAGACUUCCUGCAGGACAGGAAGAUGGAGCUCAGAGGUCACAGCAAGUCCCGAUCUUCGACCCCACACGAAACUUUGUCAGAGGAGGACUGAAGUGUGCCGAGGAGCGAAGAACCAGAGUCUGUGCGGAGCAAAUUGAUCAACAUACGAGGAAGUAAGAGCGGAAAUGAUGAUGAAGGGGUGGUGAGAGGAGAGCUCAAGAUCAUGAAGACUGUUACCUUUGUUUUUAAUGGAAGAAUGCUUUAAUGAUUUAUUUUUUAAUUCCAUUCGAGCAUGCACUUUGCUGUACUUCAGCGUUUCAUCAGAACCCAUUAAGUCUUAUUUACUGUCAUGUGUUAUUUUGACAGACAACUGAAACCCAACACUUUGUACUGCAUGACAACCCGAUCUAUCUAUCUAUCUAUCUAUCUAUCUAUCUAUCUAUCUAUCUGUCUGACAGUUUGUGCAGUGAACAUAUAUUUUAUAUGCAGAUGGAGAGAUGUUAUACAGUGGCACACAAUCGCUUCAGCAGCAGAUUUCCAGCAGCUCUUUUAUCUUCUCAUUAGUCAGUCAGCUGUCGGCGGCCAUGACAGCUUCUACAACGGUUAACACUACAAUAAUACCACAUUUACAAAGAGCAGCUGGAGGUUAUUUUACUUUGUGUGGUGAUGAAGGAGGGACCGUGCUCCUCUCCUCCUCUCUUUCCUCCACCUACAUAUAUCGAGCACGUCUAAAAUAAAGAGGUAAAAUCGAUUACAAUCAGACAUGAUGUUGCACACUAUAACAACAUGUGACGAUGUGCACAGCAGCAUGUGAUGACACACACACACACACCAGUGUAAUGUGAAUACUGUAUACUGUUUCAGGAUGUGGGCAAAUACACACACAGUGGUUUUUACCAUCUUGGUUUUAUGUUACAUCAAUGAAUCUAAUGUCAUAUAAUAUUUCAGAGUAUUAUUGAGCCUUUUUUGUUUUUUUGUGUUACUUUUUUACACCAUAGGGUGAUUGUUCAUCCAUAUAAUACAUAGGAACUGGGAUGAAGUCCGUAUUCAGGAUGUGAAAGGAUAGAUCGGAUCUCUUGAGGGGGGGUAGUAUGAGGUACUUAUGGUGCGUUCCAUUCGUAUUGGGAAGUCAGAAUUUCUGGAUUCCCAAUCAGGAAUUUCAGCUGGAAUGCCCGAUGAAGUCAGAUUUCCAACUCAAGCUGAAAACACACCGGCGUUGCGGCGCAUAAUGUGACGCUUGUCAAGUGCCACCCCAAGCACAAACGUCAACAUAUGCCCAUGUAAAGUUGUUACUACUUUUACUGACAGAUCUGUACUUCCUCCACCUCUGUGUUAGCUUAAACUCGUGUGGACAGCCACUAAUCAAACUUGAUGUCUCACCUGAAGAGUCGAUCUCCAGAGCUGUGACUCUCCAGGCAAUAUCUUUUUGACCAUUGUCUUUAUAAUGACGGGACUGUCGG